GCUUGGCGGCGCGAGAUGGCGCUAGACCUUCCAACAUUUCAUAAGCUCCUCCAUCGAACGUGGCACUCACUUCGAAUUCGACAUCAAAAAUAUUUCAAAGACAAGUCAAGCAAGCUAAUGCAUUCAGCCAAUCAGACUGGGAGGAUGGGCUCUAUGCUACGGCAUGUAUCAUUCAAGACAGCAGCACUUGGAUUUACCUCCCUUUUCAUAGCAGCCAUCAUCUUUAUUUACUACCCUUCAGAAAAGUCUGACCAAAAAGCUUCAUUAAGCAAGAUAUUUGCCAAGAAAGAAGACUCAUCUGAAGAUUUAUUCAAAGGAGCACAAGCCAUAGUAGAGGGGAAAGCAGACUCCAGUCAGGCGUGUAAACAGAUUGAUUUAGAAGCAAAGAUGAACUGGGAAGACCUAAAGAGUGAAGCAGUGAGCAAUGUUAAAUUAAUUCAGAAGAAAGGAUUCUUGGAUGUAUUUGAUAAUGCAGUUAUUUAUUAUAGAGAGGUUCUCCCACCUACAGAGCCUAUUAAAGGCAACCUUUUAUUUCUCCAUGGAAUGAAAUUUAAAUCAUUGACAUGGCAAGACUUGGGUACAUUAAACUACAUGGCUUGUCAUGGUUACAGGGCUGUUGCUAUUGACCUGCCAGGGUAUGGCGAAUCUAAGAAAGUUCAUGAAAGCAAUGACAAGUUCAUGGAAGAAUUGAUGAAGAAGUUGGACAUGAAGCAAGCAGUUAUCAUCAGUCCAUCGAUGAGUGGAUCUUUCUCCAUCCCAUUCCUCAAGUCAAAUGAAGCUGCCUUCAAAGCUUAUGUCCCAGUGGCUCCUGUUGGAACUUCCAAGAUUUCAGAUGAAGAAUAUAAUAAAAUUGAGGUACCUACCCUUAUUAUUUAUGGAGAAAAAGACGAGUCGCUUGGACUGGAAUCACUGAAGGCUCUGAAGAAUCUAAAGAACAAUGAGAUAGUUAUGUUGAAAGAUGCUGGUCACGCUGCUUACCUAGACAAACCACUUGAAUUUCAUCAUCACUUCUUGAAAUUCUGUGAUAAAUACCAUACUUAAGAUCUGUAUACACUGUUGCCAAUCAAAUGCUAGGUAGAAUACCUUGUAAUACUAAUAGAAGUUUUUUGUAGUUCAACAUCGCUUUUUCAGUUGUUUUUUUUCUUUGAAAUUAGUACUGUACUUAUGAAUAACACAAUAUAAGAAUCUGGUUUUCUUUGUACAUAAUAUGCAGAUGGAGAUAUCAAAAUAUACACAGUGAACCAAACCUUCAACAUGGCCUCAAAACAAUAAUAUAACAUGGAAUUCUGCCUAAGUCAACCUUCCAUAAGUCAAAUAAUUGCCUAAGUCAAAGUAUUUUUUUUCAACCAGAUUAUUCAAAAUGUGUUUUAUAUCCCUUAAGUACCAUAUAAUUUUCCCCAAGUCUAUCAGAUUGCUCUGGUCCCAGGAGAUUUGACCUAGAUAUAGUUACCUGUGUACAAUCAUAUAUUAUGUUGCUAAAAAUUCUGUCAGUCCUGACCCUAACUUUUUGUCUAAACUUGAACAUAAAGCGAUCUUUAAUGUUUCUUCUCUCCUAUGUCAGUCUGAAUUUUCUUUGAAAUAAAAGAAUGAUUUCAGUCUAAUGUAUAGAAGGCUGAAUGUCUCUUCUUUCUUUUAUCAAUAUUCACAAUGUAUUUUUUAUAUUCAAAGAUGAAUGAAAAUAGUCACAGUAAACACUGAUUUUAUGAGAAAGUCUGUAAAUUGAGGUUAAUUGUCAAUAGAAUUUCAGAUCUGGUAGAGUUAGAUUAACUGGGGUGGUAUUCUGAGGUCAUUUU